ACAGCCUGAUGUGACAGUGUCAGUAAUCAUUUCAUCAUUUCUGAAACAUCGGAGUAGCACAGAAGUCAGAAGAAAGUUCAGUCCCGGACACUUGCUGCUCGUGACCGGAACUUGUCUUAAAAAGAGGUCGACGGCAUGGGAGGAGUAAUCUCCAAAACUGCAGCCAGUAGUGGAGAAGACCCCAGCCUCACAGUAGCCCCCAUGACUACUGCACCCCGCCUGGAGAGGACCACUUCUAGGGGCCCAGAGCACAACCCCAACCAACAACAUUUGCUCUUAGCCUUUUUCACUGGGAUUCUACUGACACUACUGCUGGUGGCGCUCGUCUUCCUCAUCAUAAGGAGCUACAGAAAAUGUCACUCCAGCGCCCGGACCCUUGAUCCCCACUCAGAUCCCCACUUAGCCAAGCUUUCACCCCCAGAGGAGGGAAUUACCUACGCCAGCAUGACCUUCAAAAUCCAGAAAGAAAAGAAAGCGUCCUCGUCUAUGUACCACCCUGCAGACUCGGAUCCCUCAGUCUAUGCUCAAAUUAAAGUGACAGACUCAUCCCACCUUGCCAAGGAGACCUGAACACAGCUCCUCUGCCCUCCGCCUCAUUUUCAUGUAGCCACUGGGCAUUUCUGGAGCCCAGAGCCAUGAACCUACUAUCACAGUUGCUUGGCUGUGAGCUGGCCGUGUUAGCCAGCAGUUUGCAGGAUCAAGGGCCAGUCUCUUCACUGGCCCUCCCACUUGGCCUGACAGUCUGUCGGCCCUUGGAGGGCAAGGACACGUUUCCCACCGGUGGGAGAGCGAGUAGAUAUGUCCACUCUGGAAGGCAGCUCUGCAAUGACUACAAUGUUUAAUAUUCUAUUUAUCCUGCAUAUAUGGAAAGUCACCUGUGCAUUUUUAAUUGCAGCAUUCAUUAUGUUGUCUAAAACUCAGUGAGGCUUUCAGGCUCUAGGCACUAUGCUCAGCGCCUGGCGCAUGUGAUGCUGUGGUUUAAAUAAAUAUCUAUGUGGGCUUUCAUUGCUGGUGAGGGUUUCCUAAGUGACAAGAACGGUGCAGGUGUCUUUCGUUAUGUUAAUCAGGUGACUUUUGGAACUGAAACACCUCAGGAGAGGGGCUGGUGGCCAGAGGAAACUAACCCCUUGAUUAUUGAAGGGUUAGAGGCUUCAGUCCCAUCCCCUUGGCCACUGGGGGGUGGAAAGGGGCGGCAGGUUGACUCAAUCACUCUCUGGGCUGGUCAAUGUGUUAAUCACGCAUGUAAUGACGCCUGCAGAGACUCCCAAAAGGAUGGCUAUUCAGAGCACUUCUGGGCUGGGGGACUUGUGGAGAUUUGGGGAGAUGUCGUGGCUGGAGCGAGCAUGGAGCUUGUAACCUGUCCCCAUACCUUGCCCCAGCCCUCUGGCUGUUCCCGAGUUAUAUCCUUCUAUAAUAAACCAGCAACCUAGUAAGUACG